AUGCCGGCUGUCGACUACCACGAGGACCCAAGGAUGAUUGCUUCUGCAGAGCGGAAGUUGGCCCUUGUGGCAGAUCUCGAGCGGCCCCUUGCUCAGGACUCGGCGCUCGCAGUGGCAUUGCUUCAGCCCAGGCCAUCACCACCGGUUCCUCCGAGUGCGCCGAAGCCCAUGUGCAUCAAGCUCCCCAAGCCGCUGUCUCCACGAAGCAAAGAGCAGCUGCAAAGGGCAUACUGGCAGCAUGUGGCAGCACCUGUGCCCCAAGUAGUGGGGGGACGUGGUGAGGCGAUUUCCUGUGACGGGAUUACGACCGUCAUCCCUGGGCGGGCCUGGGUUGUUCCUCAGCUGCUCAGCAUCGCAGAGUGUGCAGACCUUAUCCGCUUGGGGGAGCAGUUCGGACUUGAGCCUCCGAAUGCAGCUGCUGGAGUCGCUGGGCUUCGUACCAGCAAGCGAACUGCCAACUACUGCAACCCCGAACUCGCAGGAUUCAUCGCAAAUCGUUUGCCAGAGUCUCUUCUCGACACCCUCGAAGAGACCAAGCCCCACACCUCGGUGCGCGGCAUCCAUCCCAACUGGCGGCUAGCACGUUACGAUGCCGGCGACUACUUUGCAGCUCACUAUGAUCAGGCUGACUGCCUGACUGUACAAGCCGGAGACGGCAAGGAACGGUACGACUCGAGUCACACUUUGCUGAUUUCGCUGAGCAGUCGCUCGGAUCUCGAGGGAGGGGCUACACGACUCUGGCCCUCGGGGAGUUACGACGACACGGCUGUGGAUGUGGAGCUGCCUGAGGGCUAUGCCCUGGUCUUCGAGCACCGCCUGCUCCACGCCGGCCUAGCGAUUCAGUCGGGCAGAAAGCACAUCGCGCAGGUGGGGAUUCUGCGAGGAAUGCCACAACGAGUCGGCGGAGCACCCUCCACCUUUCGUUUCGGGCCGGGGCUUGCCUACUAA